AUGACCACCACAACCCUCAUCCCAGCCCCCGCGGCUCCCCCCAAAACAACCCAAACGGCCCUCAUCGGCGGUCCCAACGACGACAUCAUCCUCUCCACGACCGCCCCCUUGCCCCCCACCCCCCUAGAACCCGACCAAGUCGCCGUCGACGUCAAAGCCAUCGGUCUCAACCCAGUCGACACCAAAAUGCUGGGCGCCUUCCACACCCCCGGCGCCGUCCUCGGCUGCGAAUUCGCCGGUGUCGUCACCGCCGCUGGGCCCGUCGCACGCGAAACCUGGGGUUUCAAGGAAGGUGACCGGCUCUCCGGCGCGAUCAUGGGUAUGAAUCCUUUGCGUCCGCGGGUUGGGGCUUUUGCGCAGCAUACCGUUGCGCCGGCGCAUGUGGUGCUCAAGAUUAGGGAUGACUGGUCAUUUGCGGAGGGUGCCGGGAUGGGGAAUGCUUGGUAUACUGUUGCCUGGGCGUUGUUCCAUACCAUGGCGCUGCCUGCGGGUCCCCGGCUGGAACCGUUGAACACUGAAGUACCGCCGCCCGCGGAGAUUGCUGCGUUGGUGCGUGGCGGCCCGCCCAAGCCGGAGGCGACUACCGUGCUAGUCAGCGGCGGGUCGAGUUCUACGGGCACAUCGGCGAUUCAACUGCUCAAGCUGGCGGGUUACCGCGUGAUUGCGACCGCGUCGGCGCGCAACUUUGAGCUGGCCAAGUCCUACGGCGCCGACGAGGUGUUUGACCAUUCCUCGCCGACGGUCGCGGCGGAUAUCCGGGCUGCUACGCGCAACGGACUGAAAUAUGCGCUGGACUGCAUCACGACCCCUGAGACGACCCGGCUGUGCUACGCUGCGCUGGGCCGAUCCGGGGGUAGGUAUGUCUCGCUGGAUCCGUUCAGUGAGGCGGUGGCUGCGUCACGGGGCGUGGUCAAGCCCGAUUGGGUGCUGGGGCCGGAGAUGGUGGGCGAGGAUAUUGCGUGGCCGGCGCCGCAUGGACGCAAGGGGAAUCCUGAGGCGAGGGUGUUUUGUGAGGCCUGGGCGCGGACCCUGCAGCGGUUGGUGGAUGGGAAUAAGGUGCGGGUGCAUCCGCAGCUGGUGAGGGAGACGGGGCUCGAGGGGGCGCUGGGUGGGCUGGAUGAUAUUCGCACCAAGAAGGUGUCGGGGAAGAAGCUGAUUUACUUGUUGUAG